AUGCAUCUAAGCAGGGUUGGACUGUUGGCCCUUGCGGCAGCUGCAGUUGAUGCUUUCCGCGAUACUUCGCCAUUCUUCCUGGCCUCGACUUCCGAGUUGUUGGCCAACUCCGCCUAUAUCAAGACCAGCGCUUCACUAUUCGACGACUUGAGCUCUUCGCUGAGCAGCUGCCCGUCGGAUUACUAUGUCGUCGUUCACCAACCCGGUGUCCACAGCUCGGAUUUCUCGACUCGCAAGUCGGCACCCCGCCUUGGCGCGAAGAUGAUGGGCAAGGACAAGUCCAUUCGGUCGCAGAUGAGCGUCAAUGAAGUCGCGGGAUUAUUGGAUGUGAAGGAGAUCAAGAACAUCCUCCAGGAGAAGUGCAAGGCGGAGACUACUGCUAUCGACGGCUCAUCUUGGGCUCGGAUCGUGCCAGCCAGCUGUCCGAUAAUGAUGGCCUCAUCUCCGAUAUCAUUGACCGUCUUCCCCCCCAAGUCCAAGUAUACUCUCCUCUACGUUACUUCGCCUCGCGAGUUCCCCGAGUCCGACUCUGUGAUCUACGAGUCCGAUGGAGCUGGCUCUAGCUACCUGGAUCCCAUCCACAUGGACCUGAAGCGGGACUACUCUUCCUACAAGUCCGACUCCAGUGAUUCCGAGUCAGACCGCAGGAUCUCCCUGUUUGACGAAUACCAAUUCUUUACUCCCGGUAUCUUUAUGGGUCUGAUUGCAACCUUCUUCUUUGUCACCAUUUUGUAUAUUGGUGUCAGUGCUCUGAGUAGCCUUCAAGUCCCCUACGCUGCGUUUGAAAAGGACACUUCCGCCGCCGCGAAGAAACAGCAGUGA